CUGGCGCGAACACCCCGGAAGAAUGACGAAUAUGAACAAUCAGUUCACAGCGUCUGAGAAAACCGCUUCUGUUCAGACCCUCAUAUAAUCUUUGUCCUGCACUCUCUCUCUCUCUCUGCGUUUCGCCGAACAAAAACACCGCGGAGACCAACAGAAAAAAUGAUUGUAUUUCACCGCAAAGGACUCCGUUUAACCCUGGUGUUUGUUUUGAGCGCGGCUCGUCUCUGUCAGGCGUUCAACUUGGAUGUGAGCUUUGCAGUCGUCAAAGAGGGAAAAACAGCAGGCAGUUUGUUCGGACUUUCUGUUGCACUGCACGAGCAGGUCGUGAAUGAGAAGAGACACAUGCUUCUGGUAGGAGCGCCAAAAGAGAAGGCGGAGUCUGGACUGUCAGCCAAUGAGACGGGAGAUGUUUACGCCUGUCCGAUCUCUGCAGACUCCAAAGACUGUGCAAGACUGAACCUCAUCAGCUCAAAUCCUGAAGACAAACCAGACCUUAAAAAUUAUGUGAUAGAUGGCAUGUGGCUUGGUGUGUCCAUAGUCAGUCAGAGUCAACCAGGGGGCCGUGUUGUGGCCUGUGGCCAUCGCUACAUUCGUAACUUCACUAGCAACUUCCGCAUGAUUGGGAGAUGUUAUGUUCGGGGAAAUGACCUGCAGCUCAACCUUAGUGAUUAUCAAUGGCAGUCGUAUGACGAGAUUUGCGACCCCCGAGAAGCCCAGAACAGUGAAGGCAUGUGUCUGUUAGGGAUGUCUGCUGCCGUUACAUUCAGUGAGAUCUUCUUCGGUGCUCCAGGAUGCUUCAACUGGCAAGGAAAUAUAUUUUCGAAGUGGCACAACCCUGCGGAUGAGUUUCAUUUAUUGAAAAGCAAGCUUCCAGAUUCUAGAAAAGGCAAUAUUUACAUUGGUUACUCAACGAUUGUGGACCAAGAUGUUCUAGUCAAAGGCAAAGACACAGUGGUAACAGGAGCACCGAGAGACGAAGCAAAAGGAUCUGUGAUGAUGGCUGAAGUUUUGAAAAGCGGUGGCAGUGGAGAAGUCAAAAUAAAAGUCACUGUCACAGGAGAACAAGUCGGGUCAUAUUUUGGCAAUAGUGUUGCUGUUGUGGACCUUAACAAUGAUGGUUGGAAGGAUCUGAUUGUUGGAGCCCCGUUUUAUUUUGACCGAAAAAUGGACAAAGGUGGUGCAGUAUACGUCUACAUGAACCAAAACGGAUCUUUUCGUAACAAAUCUGAUGUGGUCCUAACUGGACCCAAGGACUCAGGUUUUGGCAUGUCUGUUGUGGCCAUUGGUGAUGUUAACCAAGAUGGCUUCCAAGAUUUUGCCGUUGGUGCUCCAUAUCAUAGCACAGGCAGAGUGUCUAUAUGGACAGGCAGCAAAACUGGCAUUUCUCAAGAACCUAGUCAGGUCAUUGAUGGAAAAGACAUCCCAGGUGGAGGAUUCCAGACAUUUGGCUACUCCAUUAGUAGGGGCCUGGAUGUGGACAGAAAUGGUUACCCAGAUAUAGCAGUUGGAUCAUUAGAUGACCGUGUGGUCUUGCUCAGAUCACGUCCUGUGAUUCACUUGAAGAAUACUUUCACAGUGACACCGAUGGUAAUCAACCUUGAAGACUGUGUUGCCUGCAUUGAAGCAAAAGUCUGUUUCUCCUACACAUACAGCACUGGCACUGCCAGUUCCCAGAAGGCCGUGACUCUUCAAUAUACGGUGGAGGCCGAUCAGCAGUCGUCUAGGAGCCCCCGUGUUAGUUUCCUUGACAACAAUAAGGGCAAAUACACUGGCAAAAUGUCUGUUAAUCCGUCUGGAGAUUGUCAUUCUCUAAAACUCGAGCUGGCGUCCAAAACAAUCCAAGACAAAGUGUCUGCGAUCAUUUUCCAGCUGAGCGUGUCUGUGGUGGAUCCUCCUCCCUCAGGCGGAAAGAUGCUGGAGGAUCUUAGUGCUUUUCCUGUGAUCAGCCAGCGAGACGCCUUGACCGGCAGAGCCGAGAUUCACAUUCAGAAAGCCUGUGGCUUAGACAACAAAUGCGAGAGCAACCUUCAGAUGACAGCUGCAUUCACAGAUGAGAAGAACACACCGUUCCUCAUGCAGGAAGAUCACCAGAUUUUCAACUACACCACCGACAUAAAGAAGCUGAAGUUGUUAGUGAAUGUCUCCAACGUACCAUCAGAGGGCAGGAAAGCAGAAGACGCUUACAAUGCUAUUCUCAAUAUCACCAUUCCAAGCUCACUCAGCUUCUCCAGCCUGAAUCCCAAGUUACCAUCAACCCUGAAUGGUGAUCCAUCUUCUGGGGGGUCUUAUCUGUUGUGUACACUUGGUGACCCCUUCAAAAGCAAUCAGAGGGUGGAGAUCGAGAUCACGUUUGAAACAUCAGGAAUUUCAAUAGACAUGCAGGAGAUUGAGACAGAGCUGCAGCUCUCAACGUUGAGUGAUCAAAAUGAUCUACGGCCGCUGUCGAGGGUGCUGUUGGUGGAGUACAUCCUACAGCCGCUUUUUAAUUUAAUCCCUUACUUCAGGGCAGAAUUCAGUGGCAAUGUAGUGGGAGAGUCGGCCAUGAAGAGUACCAGUGAUAUCGGAAGCCCAGUGGAAUUCAACAUCUCGGUGGACAUUUCUGGAAAACCUUUGGGAAAUCUGGGCUUUCUGGAAGUGGUCUUUCAGUGGCCUUCUGCCGUGGCUAAUGAGAAGUGGCUGCUUUACCUAUCAGAGAUUCAGAUGACGGGAACAUCAGAGUCCUUCUGUGUCGCUAAAGGCAUCGUAAACCCCCUUAAUCUCACAGUGUCAGAGCGUAAGUCUAGGAGGAGGAAAAGAGACGAGGUCUUGUCAGAGUCCAAACUGGCUAUGUCGCAGAAAACCCGUCAGGGCCAAAACAAGCCUAGAGAAGUCCUGAACUGCACCAAGGGCACUGCCCGCUGUCAGACCUUCAGCUGCCCUUUGAGCGCAAUGAAAACCUCCGCCAUGCUUACCGUCAGAGCGCGUGUUUGGAACAGCACCAUGCUUGAGGACUACAGAGCUAAAGGAGUGAGUGUGCAAGGCAGUGUCAUGCUGACUCUAAAAACAGACAAAAAAAACAUCAAGAUGAACAAUAACAUCCGUGAGUUUACAGUAGAAAUAGACCCCGCAGUGGCUGAAGAACUACCGUAUGAAGCUCCUUUGUGGAUCAUCAUUGUGUCCGUUCUGUCAGGAGUGGUUAUGCUGGGCGUGAUUGUUAUUCUUCUGUGGAAGUGUGGUUUCUUCAAGAGGGCCAACACCAGAGAGCUUUAUGAGGCCAAGGCCCAGAAAGCAGAAAUGAAAACACAGCCAUCAGAAAACGAUCGCCUUACAGAGGAGGACUGAGAUUCUGGCCUUUGCGGGCCUCUGACACACAAAUAGCAAAGUGGCUUUUUUACAAGGAUCGACUACUUUCGAGCUAUGCCAAAAUACAAAGGCGUGAGGAUUUGUAAGAAGGAACAAUACCAGGUAAACCAGGGCUUUUUGAUUCUGGACACCACGAACAACAGAAAACACUGGAUCACGAGCUGGACAGAAAAGAAGCAGUACUACUGAUGAAAAAAAAAAGCACUCGCAAACUGUCUCGCUUAGGCGGUGGAAUGGACUAUAAAGCCGUCUGUGUCUGAAUAAACGCAGAUCUACUUGAUUUGAUUGGAACUUCAUUUGGAUAUCAGAUGAAAUUGGACAUGCUCAUUUAAAAAUGUGGGACAAGAAAUUAUUGGAGGAGAAAACAUAUUGUUUUGAUGAUUAUUUUGAUAGUGUUUUAUUAAUGGAAUGCAUGUGUUAUGUCUGCUGCAGGGCUCAACAAUGAGGAUUUUUUUACUGCUGGCUCAGUAGGUUUUUUCCUUGCUUUACCAACAUUCUCACUUGUCUUAUCAAAGCUUGUUUACACCAUGGGAUAAGAAAAAAAUAAAAAGGUAAUUCUAACUUUG